AGUGAUGAAGAGAUUUCGGCAUGGCUUACCACCCGCCACGCCGUGAGCUCUGAUAAGAACGUCUGGGCCUUCUGGCAUUCCGGCUUUCUCUCCAUGCGGCCAUGGUGCCGUCGUAACGUUAUCAACUGGGUCCGUCGGCUGGGCCCCGAUUGGACUGUCCACGUUGUUGACUGCGUUUCCGGCUCCCAAACAAAUGUCCGCCAUUUUGUUCCCGACGGAUAUCUGCCGGAUGCCUUCCUAAAUGGCACAAUGGACGGACCGAGCGUGGGGCAGCACUCGGGUGAUUUAGUUAGGCUGCCUCUGUUAUGGCUAUAUGGCGGCGUAUGGCUUGAUGCCGGAACUCUCUUAUUUCGACACAUCGAUGACAUCUGCUGGCGGCAGAUUGAGGACCCGGCCACGCCAUAUGAGAUGGCUGGCUUCGUGCUCCGUCUACGCCCCGAUGAAGAUGCCAUGAUCAACGGCUUCAUUGCCGCCAAGAGGAACAAUCCCUUUAUCAAACGCUGGCAUGACAUCUAUCUCACCAUGUGGACGGGGGUCACUAAUGCUGAUGGGUUUCACAAACACCCCCUUCUGAGGCAUCUGCCGCUGUUGAAUCCUCCAUUGAGUAAAAGCAAGCUUGAGCUGGAUGUGACAAUGGAGUCCUUUACCGACUAUCUCGCUCAUUUCGUGGCCUUGGAGCGGCUUCGGAAGCUUAUCGAUCCUAGUGAUGGUUUCGAUGGGCCAAAGUACUAUCGGGAGAAUAUAUUCUUCGCAAAAGCAAUGCAGGAGACAUACUACGUGCAGCCGAAAACGAAAUGGUCUGGUCCUCAGCAGCUCGGCUAUCUGACGACGCGAAGGGACGGGUUGGACGGCAGUGAGUCGGAUGAAGUGCGGGAGAAAUGGCUCGAAGCGCAGGAUUUCGUUCAUGAUGCACUGGCCAACAGCUCAACGAUGAAGCUUUCCCAUGGACAUCCCGGCGGAAAGGACUUUCUCGCGGAUCUUCUCGAUCAGCCCCAGAAUGAAGGAAAAGACUGUGAGCCCCAAACAUUUGGAGAGUAUCUGAGAUGGGGAAGCGUUCAUCUAAACCAGACAAGAGAAAUGAUCCCUUACAAGAUAGAUACUAGCAAGGAGAAGGUAUAUCACGUUGGGGUACUAGAA